AUGGCGUCGAAACGUAUCUUGAAGGAACUCAAGGAUUUGCAGAAGGACCCUCCUACGUCAUGCAGUGCCGGUCCAGUUGCAGAAGACAUGUUUCAUUGGCAAGCAACAAUCAUGGGACCUAAUGAUAGUCCAUACUCUGGUGGUGUGUUCUUAGUUUCAAUUCAUUUCCCACCUGACUACCCCUUCAAGCCUCCUAAGGUUGCAUUUAGGACAAAGGUGUUCCAUCCAAACAUCAACAGCAAUGGUAGCAUAUGCUUAGAUAUCCUCAAGGAACAAUGGAGUCCUGCACUAACAAUCUCCAAGGUGUUGCUCUCCAUUUGCUCAUUGUUAACGGACCCAAAUCCUGAUGAUCCAUUGGUGCCAGAGAUAGCUCAUAUGUACAAGACUGAUAAGACCAAAUAUGAAGCCACUGCUCGGAGCUGGACACAGAAGUAUGCAAUGGGAUGAGAAUAUGAUGCUAUGAUUGAUUCAUAUUUUUGAAUCUGGAUGAGAUAUGGGAUAUGAUGGAUGGUUGAAAGAAUAAAAAUUGUUAAGCUUUUUCAUCACUUUUUAUUCUUCAAGUUGAAAUUGAAAUGUUAAUGAAAUGGUUGUUAAGAUUUGUCUUCUCAUCUUGGUUUCUGUAAUAUUGGAUUUUGAUUUACAGACUAAAAGACGUUUAGAAAAAGUGUUAUUGUUAUGUUUUCCAAUCAUAAGCAGUUCCUUCCUGAAAACCAUCCUCACUCUUGCAUGUUCUAUUUUGUUUUCUUCCAUUCCGUAGGCUAAAGCCAUCUCCAAUGUAUUGAAUUCUUAAUAGUUCAAUGUAAUGUCAUAC